AUGUAUAAGACAAGGUCUAAGAAAACCGGAUUAGGAUUCAAAAGUCAAUUCGCUCGUGAUGGCUACCACGGAGAUUGGGAAGACGCGGCUCACACUAGAGUUCGAGUGAAGGAGAUGGGGAUGAUACGGUACGGCCGAGACCCGUGGUGGGUGGUGGAAGCUGGAAGUGGUGAUGUGAAUCACACUGGAGGAGAUGCAGCCGCGGGAGGGCUAGGGCUGAUGGUUAGGGCGUGGGGCUUGUGUGAGCCAGGGGCUGCCACGCAGGAAAAAAUCUCAGCAAGGUGCAGCCCGUCUGCUUUCCUGAACUCUGUAGUUGGGCUUUGUUUAGUGUACUGCUUCUUCUUUGGGCCUUCUGAGUUUUCGGGCUGUUGCGUCCUGGAUGAUUAUUAUUUGUCAACCACAACAGUAAAUAUUGAUGAUGACGUGAAGGUUUGUCGUCAAGUUCUCAAAGCCCUCCCAAGUGAGUGA